UCACCUUCCUUUCCUCUCACGAGACUUCCUUCCUGACACGGGAUGGCGGCGCUUUCUCCCAAACUCGCGACCAUUUUCAAGUACGUGGACAGUCAUCAGGACCUGUAUGUUAAAAGGCUCAGUGAUGCUGUGGCUAUCAAGAGUGUUUCAGCCUGGACAGAGGGGCCGUACAGAGAUGAGAUUGUUAAGAUGGUCAAUCAUGUCAAAGAUGAAGUAAUUCGUCUUGGUGGAGAGGUCGAGUUGGCUGAUCUUGGUCUUCAGCAUGGUGUCAAUAUUAACCUGCCACCUGUUCUCUUAGGAAUACUUGGAAAGGACCCAGCAAAGAAAACUCUGUGCAUUUAUGGCCAUCUUGAUGUUCAACCAGCAAAAGUGGAUGAUGGAUGGGACACAGAACCUUUUGUGUUGACAGAAAUUGGUAGCAAGCUGUUUGGCAGAGGAUCAACUGAUGAUAAGGGUCCAGUGUUGGCAUGGCUGAAUGCUAUUGAGGCAUACAAGGAAACUGGUAAUGAGCUGCCAAUCAACCUGAGGUUUGUGUUUGAAGGGAUGGAAGAAUCUGGCAGUGAAGGUCUGGACGAUCUGAUCUUUGAAAGGAANAAACCAACCCCACCCCUAGAUGAUGGAUGGGACACAGAACCUUUUGUGUUGACAGAAAUUGGUAGCAAGCUGUUUGGCAGAGGAUCAACUGAUGAUAAGGGUCCAGUGUUGGCAUGGCUGAAUGCUAUUGAGGCAUACAAGGACACUGGUAAUGAGCUGCCCAUCAACCUGAGGUUUGUGUUUGAAGGGAUGGAAGAAUCUGGCAGUGAAGGUCUGGACGAUCUGAUCUUUGAAAGGAAGGAUACUUUCUUCAAGACUGUAGAUUAUGUGUGUAUAUCUGACAACUACUGGUUGGGAAAAAAGAAGCCCUGCAUUACCUAUGGCUUGAGAGGAAUCUGCUAUUUCAAUGUGGAGGUUGCUUGUGCGUCAAAGGAUCUUCACUCAGGUGUCUUUGGUGGUACCAUACAUGAGGCAAUGUCAGACCUUAUUUACCUUCUGGACCAGCUUGUUGACCUGAAGGGCAAUAUUAUCAUCAACGGGAUCAACGAUGAUGUUCUUCCUUUAACGGAUGACGAAAGAGCAACUUACACUGAUAUUGACUUUGACAAGGUCAGUAGAGAAUAUCCCAUUGCAAAAACAGUGACAAUGGGUCAUGGAGGUCGACCAUGGGUGAGUGACUACAACCACGGUAACUACCAAGCAGCGAGGAAUGCUCUGAAAACAGUGUUUGAAAUUGAUCCCGACAUGACCCGUGAAGGCGGAAGUAUUCCCGUGACCUUGACCUUACAGGAAGCUACUGGAAAGAAUGUCAUGUUGCUGCCACUGGGAGCGUGUGAUGACGGCGCGCACUCACAGAACGAGAAAAUGGAUCGAAAGAAUUACAUCGAGGGAACCAAAGUUUUGGCCGCCUACAUGGAGGAAGUGGCUAAAAUAGAGUAAAAGGCGAUUGAAGCAGUAAAGAUUUCGUGCGAAGAUAAUUGGAAUACAGGAAAAUACCAGAAACGCAUGCGCAAUCUUAUCGGACAUAUAUAGAAACGUUGCUUGGACACGAGUGCCCGUAGAAGGAGCUCAGCUUGAAACAUCAUCUCUAAGGCAUAAUAUAUAAUGAAAAUGAAAAUAAAGCUUUUUGAUAAAUUGCA